AUGUCCCUCCCCCUCCCCUCUGUCGCUCACAAACUACUCCUUCUGCCGCUGGAAAUUGCCCACCAAGUCCUCGACAAUGUCCGGCUGUGGGACAUUCUCCGCCUCGCCUGCCAUGACAUCGAGUACAUCAACACCUGCCUCAUGUCGCAUCUCAUCGCUCGCCAGCUGAUCGGAGAUGACACCCAAUCCUAUAAACAGACCCAAGAGGCGGCUGGCCUCUACUGGGAAAUGUGCCGCAUGAUGCGUCUCUAUCCUGCGCCUCCAGCCAGAUGGCCUCUCGCAACCAUCUACAUGCUACAUCUGGACGUCACAAAAGUCCACGACUGGCUGCACAAAGAGACCAAAGCUCUCCUCUGGAUGCCCGACUGGAAGCGAAACAUUCUUACGCGCCAUGCUACGGAUGUUCCUGGACUGACGCAAUCAGAUGCUCUCCCUCUGCAGCGUCGGUGGACAGCCGUCAAAAGCAGCCAACACAAUCUGAAUGACUCCAAGGCAUCGCAGCUGCGCAGAGUGGCAUCUCUCCUAGAAGAUAAUCCAGACAUUUUGAAGAGAACAUUGGACCCCGAGCAGAUUCAGCGACCGAAUACAGCCCAUGUGGUAUCACGAUUCCGCUACACGGCAAACAAAAUCGAAAAGUCGUGGGUUCAUCGACACCAGGGAGGCUCGCUGGAAGGCUUUCGACAUCCUUUCCUGCCCGUCAUUCCAUUUGAUGCAGCCUUGCAGUUUGUGGUUCGGAUGCUUCCCAAACAUGGUUUCGUUCGUGAUGGUGCUAUUCCCAAAGACAUGGCCAGUGGCCAUCCUCCUGAUGUGGUAUCAGCAGUUGAGACCAUACUCCAGGGAAUGGACUAUCUCUACCUGCCAUCUCCAUGGUUCUUUUCUCGAGUUAGUGAGAUUCAUCGAACUGUCGACACACCUGCAUCCGGAGUGCCAAAGGAAGAGUGUAUUCACAAUCCGAGGUUUGGGAUUGAACGAUUUAUGGACAUUUAUACCCCUGGCGAGGCCUAUGUUAAAGGCUUUGAGCCACACGACCAGCGAGAGAUGGUGUGGCUGGAGGCGUUUGUUGCUGUUUAUCGAUAUUUGGAACAAUUGGACAAGUCGAUCGAGAAGAUAUCUGUGUUUGACAUCGUCUCUGAGUUGGCGCUCAUCGGCAUGGGCGAACAGCAAGGUGACUGCCGCUUUGAUGUACUUAUACAUACCGAGGCAGACGAGACGAUCCACCUUCCACCUAUGGAAAUGGGGUUGGACCAGAGCCUAGGCUAUACGCUGUAUCAAGUAGACUACAAGAAGCACAUUUGCCUCUACUGUAUGACACAAGGCGAUGCUUUUUGGGUUGCACCCUGGAUCGCCCGCCAAUCAGUCUGGUUUGCGGCCAACGGGAGCAACCUAACGUCCCGUCCUAACCUGAGCAGCUUCAAAGAGCAAAUGACACCAUACGAGACAAUCUGCGCGUGGCCAAUCACCGUUGAGCGCUUUAUCCAUGCCGCAUGGCUCGGUGGGGCCGCACACUGCAUUCCAGCCAAUCAGGAUUCAUAUCUGAAACAGCCUCGGUGUUUUCGAGAUUUCUGA